CAAAAAUUUUCAGUAAUUGCUUUGUAGUGAUGAGGCUGAUCAUGAGCGCCACCAUCAGUUUAUUGGCAGCCCUGAAAUGAUAGUCAAUAGAGAGAGGAGAAGAUUAGCCUUUGGCUGCGGAGUAAUUUCUCAAAAGAUUAUUAGUGCUCUGCUCAAAUAUCUGACAGACAAUUUGGUGUACAAUCAUCACGAGCCCUUCAGAUUCGGCGGCAGAAGGAUAAGGAAGCUGACACAUAUUGAACUUCAAAAUAUUUUCCUGGAAUAUAAGUUUUUUGCUGACCACUAUGUGACCUUUGUUUUACAUAAGGAGGCAAUCAUAUACUUCCACCAGAGGAAGACAGGGUGUCCAUAUGAGUUAGCAAACCAAAAAUGUAUGGAUGCAGAAGUGGAUAUGUAUAUUGAAUGGAAAAAGAAGCAUAGAAAAUAACUAUGAGCAUUCAAAUUGAAUAUAUUACAUUUUAUUUUUGUUUGUUUGUAUAUAGUAAUUAUGAUGGUCUUAUAUAACAUCAAUAUUCAACGUUUUAUGAUGAUAUUUUUAUUUUCUUAUUGUUUUAAAAGCUGUAGCUUAUUAGUAAAAAAAGAAAUUGUAAAACAAGAUAACAGCAAUAUUAAUGAAAAGAAAAAACAAGACAACAAAUGCAGAGAAUUUAUAUGAAGUAGUGGAUAUAGAAAGGAAAAUCAACAAGAACCUUUAAUCGCAAGUUGAUUAUCGUUUCUGAAUUGACUAAAACACGGUUUUAAAUUUGGAACAUAAAUCAAUAGAAGUAUCUAAAAAGAAUUUCAAUUUUAUUUUUUUAUUCUUGAAUGUGUGGGAAUUAAUACGGUUCACAUCUAUAUUUAGGCAUAUGAAAAUUAAAGAAAGUUUAAUAUUGUA